AGUACAAAGUAUAAAUAAAAAAUAUGCAUUCUUGUAAAUUAAACGUUAGUCUUAUUGAAUUAUGAAAAACACAAGGUAUGAUUAAAAGAACAACUGAAGCGAAGAUCCGCGCAUCCUCUUCAGUCUUGCACGCGCUCCUCGUGAUUCUCCUCCCACUUUCUCGUGGUGGCUUUACUCGGAUGAUAAUUCUGAAUACAGCGCUGUAUCCAAGGAUUUUGAGUGGAUGCAUGGCGAAUUAUUCACAGAUUCAGAGCAGGACUGGAGCAGCUCAACAGAAUCUGACUGGAUGAGUGAGACUGGAAAAGGGAAAGGAAAACAAGGGGUAAAAAGAAAGUUGAAUCAACAAAAUGGUUACAAGAAGAAAAUGGAAAGAACUAAAAACUCUAGUCUUCCAGGGGUAGACCUAACGGAUAUCUUUCAAGAAAUCAGAAAAAAGGACCAGCUGGCCGUCCAUUGUGGAAAACUUGCAGGUCGUCUGUACAGAAUAAAAUAUGACAAUGGAGAGAAGUGUAUUUCAUGUAAAGGGAAAUGGUUUACGCCCAGUAUGUUUGAGAAGUUUGGAGGAAAAGGACAUCACAAGAAGUGGAAGAGUAGCAUCUAUUACAACCCAUCAAAUGGCUUCCAACAAUUUAAAUUACUGGAACUCAUACAAAAUGGGUGCCUUUCAGAAUUUGGACAACUGAGGUCAAAUAGAGAGGGGACAUCAAAAGGAUUGUUUUCCAAGACUCUGGAAACACCCAUAUGUGGAAUUGAAGAGGAAACAAUCCAGCUGGACAGUUUUUCAGAUGAGUCUAUAACUGUUGCUGAAAGAGUCAAAAUGAACAGGAGAGAAUCUGUAAUUGUAGCUGAAACUUUCCGAGAGAAGUUCACCGAACCGGUAGAAUCUACUGCCAUUGCUAGAGAACCUGCAGUAUCAAGACAACUGAGGGAAUCAAUUAGAGAGGUGACACCGAAAGAGUCCCUAAAAAUAUUUUUAUCCAAGAGUCUGGAAAUACCUGUGUGUCGAAUUGAAGAGGAAACAUUCCAGCUGCAUCGAUUUUCAGAUGAGUCUGUAUCUGUUGCUGAAAAGGUCAAAAUGGCACAGAACAGGAAAGAAUAUGUGACUUUACCUGAAGCUGUCAGUAAAAAGAUCACAGAAUGGGUCAAAUCUACUGCCAAAGUUAGAGAUUCACCUGCACCUCCCACUGAUGCUACAGAACCUGCAGUAUCUCCUGUCAUAGAUGAGGACAGUCAGACCACAGAUGAAGCAGGUGAAGCAGCAGCAGCUCAGCUGAACUUCAGUGAUUCCCCCAAUGAUGCUACAGAACCUGGAGUAUCUCCCGUCAUAGAGGAGGCCGAUCUGCUUCAUCAGACCACAGAUGAAGCAGCAGGUGAAGAAGCAGUAGCCCAGCUUAACUUCAGUGAUUCUCCCACUGAUGCUACAGAACCUGGAGUAUCUCCUGUCAUAGAUGAGGACAGUCAGACCACAGAUGAAGCAGGUGAAGCAGCAGCAGCUCAGCUGAACUUCAGUGAUUCCCCCAAUGAUGCUACAGAACCUGGAGUAUCUCCCGUCAUAGAGGAGGCCGAUCUGCUUCAUCAGACCACAGAUGAAGCAGCAGGUGAAGAAGCAGUAGCCCAGCUUAACUUCAGUGAUUCUCCCACUGAUGCUACAGAACCUGGAGUAUCUCCUGUCAUAGAUGAGGACAGUCAGACCACAGAUGAAGCAGGUGAAGCAGCAGCAGCUCAGCUGAACUUCAGUGAUUCCCCCAAUGAUGCUACAGAACCUGGAGUAUCUCCCGUCAUAGAGGAGGCCGAUCUGCUUCAUCAGACCACAGAUGAAGCAGCAGGUGAAGAAGCAGUAGCCCAGCUUAACUUCAGUGAUUCUCCCACUGAUGCUACAGAACCUGGAGUAUCUCCUGUCGUAGAGGAGGACAGUCAGACCACAGAUGAAUCAGCAGGUGAUUCAGCAGCAGCUCAGCUGAACUUCAUUGAUUCUCCUGCUGAUGCUACAGAACCUGAAGUAUCUCCCGUCGUAGAGGAGGCUGAUCUGCUGCUUCAUCAGACCACAGAUGAAGCAGCAGCCGCUCAGCUGAACUUCAGUGAUUCUACUGCUGAAUGGCAGAACCCUGAUGCUCCUAAAAAGACUAAGAAGACAGAACAGAUGCAGUUAAUACAAUUUCUGGAAAAUCAGUUUAAUACCAUGAACAACACCCUAAAGUCAAUUGAUUUGUCUUUAAAGAAGCUGGUGGAAAACCAGUCACAACACACACCGCCUCAAUAUAUCUAUCUAAUUCCUGCUGAUUUAGAAAAUACCCAGAUUAAUUCCUUAAUCAAGAAGGAGCCAGUCAAAGAAGGUGGGGGUAGUACUGAGCAAGCAGAACUGUGAUCUGGGAGGUUAUCAAUAAAUAUAUUAUUAUUAUUAUUAUUAUUAUUAUUAAAGCUGCAGUAGGUAACUUUUGUAAAUAUAUAUUUUUUACAUAUUUGUUAAACCUGUCAUUAUGUCCUGACAGUAGAA